AUGAGGAAUGUAUCAGACAGUGGAAAUUCGACAUUAUACAAAUCGCUGCUCAGAGAAAAUGGGGCGAAAGUCAAAAACGGCGGUGACACACGCGCCAUUUUGUCCCUAUUUUUGUUCAAGUCAAAAACACAGCCGAACACGCGUCCACCGCACUGUGCGGUGAUCAACAUCGCUCUGUGUACCUCAGCGGUGCGUUCUGACGCCUCCUCUCGAAUGUUCCACGGCGCAGUUAUGACGUCAUCACGUGUACAAUCGGAGGCGCGCGCGCGCAGUGACGACUGUACUUCAGUGGUGCGUCCGUACGCCUCGAAUGUUCCACGGCGCAGUUAUGACGUCAUCACG